CGAGAUAUUAGACUGCAAUUAACGAGUUAUAACGUUAAAAGUAAAAUCAAAAGAGAAAAAUCAAUAAAAUGGGUUGCAAACGCUGUGAAUCUAACUGCAAAUGCACUUCAGACAAGUGCGGGGAUAACUGCUGUUGCUGCAAGGAUUGCCAUUGCGUUUGUAAAAAUGGUACUAAGGAACAAUGCUGUGCAAAGAACUAAGAACUUGGAUGGUGAACCAAAAGAGAGAUAUGGGAAUUUGGUGAUAGAAAAUUUUAUAUAAAUAAAUUAAAUUACUUUGUUUUGUCAAUGAAUAACAAUAAUAAAUUUAAAUGAAAA